CUCUUCUUCAGUAGCACAGAGGACACAGUUGUGACGGUGAGACAUAGUCUCUGAGUGAACGCGUCCGUUGACAGCACUGAAACAGUUAAUGGUAGUUAGCGACAGUUGCUCUGACAAAUCCUUGGAGGAGUAACAAGUGCUCACUUAUUCGGAAGUUUGUCUCCAGGCGUGAAAAUCAACUUUCUUUAAACAUUUUAAGUCCUUCUGGAAGUCUUAUUUUUUUCAAAUUUUUUUCAAAUUUUUUUUAUCUUUUAACGAACUUUGACUUCCUGCCGUUUGGGCACGAAACAAAUUUAAGAUGUGUUAAAGCGGAGCCAAUAAGGAGGAUAUCAUCAGAAUGACAGAGCCAGCGGAACAGACCCAUCGUAUGUUAACUUCAGGCAGUCCAGCAGGUGAGAAUAGCGGGGACGCUUUGGAGCAUCUCCCAGCCAACAACCGUGGACCACCGCAGAAUGGCGAAAGGGGGCGACAGAGAGCGGAGAAGCAUCAGCGUCGGGCUGAGAACUGCGAAGAUAUCAACACAGACGAGUUAUGGCAAAUGAAAGGCGGACGGAGGGAGGUGUGUCCCCCUUCAGCAGCCGGAAACGAUCUCUCCAAGUACCCGAAUGCAACGGAGCCUCACAAAACAACCGAUGCUGAUGCUUCACCCGAUGGUGACCACAAUCAACGCACGACAAAAGGUGAACACGGCCCACUGCAGGAGACCUUUAACCGGGCAGGAGUGGAGAAUUUAGUAAUCGACUCCGACACUGGCUUAGAAGCACGUCUGGGCAAAAAGAGGCACAGACGCAGGACCUCCAAGAAGAAACGCCACUGGAAGCCUUAUAACAAACUUUCAUGGGAGGAGAAGAAAGCCCUGGAGGAGCGGGAGACCGUCAGGGCUUCGCGGAUGAGGGAGGAGAUGUUUGCCAAGGGGCUCCCAGUCGCGCCCUAUAACACCACUCAGUUCCUGAUGGACGAGCACGACCGAGAGGAGCCCGACCUCAACACAGAAACCGGGGUCAGGCGACCCUCUGGGGUCGGCGUUCGUAUGGAGGACACUGGGAGCGAGGAGGACCUCUUCGACAACGAGGAGGAAGAAGACGACGACGGCAGCGGGGGAGGAGGCAGCGACGGCAUCGGGAGGCCCGGGAACGCAGGUGGGGAGUAUCUCCAAAGAGACUUUUCCGAGACCUACGAGAUGUACCACGUAGAGAGUCUGCAGAACAUGACAAAACAAGAGUUGGUGCAGGAGUACCUGGAGCUGGAGAAGUGCAUGUCCCGACUGGAGGAGGAAAACAACCGCCUGCGGCGCGCCGUAGAGCCCGGGGCCGCCGCGGAUAAUUCCCAGGUCCGUCUCCAGGAGAUGGAGCUGGAGCUGGAGAGACUGAGAGCCGAGAACUCUGAGCUGCUCCUGCAAAACCAGCCCACUAAGCAGAGUGGGCAGGUCGCUACGAAUUAAAAAAACUCGGUUCUAAAAAAAAAAAAAAAAAAUGGGACUACUGUUUUGUUGUUGUUUUUAAUGUCCUCCGUUUUCUGUAAUCAGUCUGUCAUCUGGACAAAGAAGUCGUUGCACUGCGAUGCAAUAACCUACCUGUCGUUUCUUUUCUAUUUGGGCUGUAAGCGGUCCUGUUAAAUUUUCUUCAGGAGGAAAUGUAAAUACUUCAAAUGAAUAUUCUCAUUUUUUAUAUAUAAAAAGAUGUUUAACAACGCCAGAUUUGUUUUUCCAGUUAAACUUUAUAGGACUAUCCACUGACAAACUGUUCCAUGUUUAAAGGAAAAAAAUAAACGUAUCUAAUUUCCUCUGCAGAAAUUAAAUAAGAAAUGACCGCAAAUUAGGGCAGCUUGCCGAUACUUAUUUGUUUCUGCAAAAGCAAACUCCAGACUUGUCAUUUAGACAGUUGUGUGUUAUAACUGGUUCAAAUAAUAAAAAAGUUUUGAUUUAA